UAUCGUUUAUUCUGUUCUAUCAACUCAACUUGGUUUAUGGUUUACUCUGUUCUCUCAAUAAGGCAUACUCUCUUCUCUCCGUAUGUUUUACUCUGUUCCCUCCAUAUAGUUUACUCUGUUUUAUCCAUAUGGUUUACUCUGUUCUACUACAAGCGCUCAUAGUGUCAUUCUUUUGAGAUUCCAUUAGAUUAUAGAUGCAUUGAUUUUUGAUAAGGUUUAUGAAUGUAGAUAAUUACAAGAUAUUAGUUAGCCUUAUCUCUAAGAUUUAUCCUUAUCUUUUAUAGAUGAAGAGCUCCGACGAUGAAUCCUUUGAAGUCGAUGAAGCGGUCGUACUCCAAUCUCAGCUCUUAUCGCAUGUUGUUGAAGACUGCACCGGUCCUGAACACAAGAUUGAGAAAGUCACAGGCAAGAUCCUCGAGAAGGUGGUCGAAUACUGCGAGAACCACGUCGCCGUCGUCGACGACGGUGGUGCCAAUUCUUCUUCCGCCUCCUCCGGUGAUGCUCUCAAGAAGUGGGACAAUAAGUUCAUCACGCAAAUGGAUCUGUCCACGGUCUACGGUCUCCUCAUGGCUGCGAACUACCUAGACAUCAAAGGUCUUUUUGAUCUCACGUGCCAGGGAGUCGCUGACGUGAUCGCGGCAUGCAAAGACCAUAAGGAGUUUCGUGCAACGUUCGGCCUCGUGAAUGACUUCACAGAAGAAGAGGAAGCAGAGGUUCUCGAGGAGAACGAGUGGGCUUUUGAUUGAUGAAUGAUUAAGCGGGUUAAUCUAAACCCUAACUACUCUUUUCUUUUCGAAUCUUUGAGUUUACGGAUCUUUAGAUCGAUAAUAGUUGAACUUGGCUUUUCUUGUUUCGAUUUUGUGAAUAUGAGCAGUGUUCUUGAUCGAUAUUA